AUGCCCUGGAAUGAAAUCCACGACACGUCUGCAGCGGCAUUUUCUGUGCCUUCAGUCCUCGAUGAUCCCUUUUUCCAGUCAAGAGACAUCCCCACGCGGCCGCACUUGCGAAUAGCUCCUCUGCGCAACCCUAUUCCUCCAGGCUCUCGAAAGAUCCCUUCCCCUCUUGAGCCUGCUACUACCGGAAUUAGGGACUCCGGGGCUUCGAAACCACCCAACCUCCCAUCUGGAAAUCCGCCAACAGAGCUACCUACACUCGAGGAUUUCCUCAGAGCAGCGCGCAGAGAUAAUGAUCUUCCUCAUAUCUUGGGCAUGUUGCCGAGUUCAGAACAACCACCCAAGACUAUACUUCCGGCUUUUAUUAGUCUUAGGGCUGUUGAAAAACUGCCUUAUUCCUCAUUCUCUGACGAAGCUCCGCGAAAACGUCGCCGGCUAGAACAUGUGGGAGACAAUUUUGGAGAACUUCUACAACUACCUAUCCCGAAGGUCCAAAAGGAAAUACCAAAGCCACGUCCAUUUGGGCCACUGCCGAUUUUGAAUGAGCUUAAAGAGCCUCCACCAAAUGCUGCUUUGUUUCCGCCCAUCGAGGCAAAUAGACGUCCUGUGAUUUUAAACCCUCCAGGAAAGGGUACGUCCCCUUCCACAGAACAACCAUCUUCGGAGCAGGCUGGGGAACGCCGUGCACAAAGAAUAGAAGACCUUAUUGAGCUGAACGACCAGGAUGGGGGGGCUAAUAUGGAAAGCCAGGCAAGUGAUAACCGAAGCGCAGAUACCCAGGAAACGGAUCAAGCGGAACUAGCAAGUGAUACCGAGCGGGUAAUAGAUGGAUACGAUAAGUCUGCAGCAAGAAAAGAGUCUAAGAAACCGAAAAGGAAACUUCGAAGGUGGUCGGAGCAAGAAACUCACGAUCUUCUCCGCGGUGUAGUGAGAUGCGGUGCUGGUAAUUGGACUAGCAUUCUCGCACAACAGGAUCUCAAAUUCAAUCAGAGAACUCCUGGGAAUCUGAAAGAUAGGUUUCGAGUGUGUUGCCCGUGGGCAUACGAAUCGGGGCAGACACCCACUUCAGAUGAUAUCCAAGCUAGGUUGGCUGACAGUAUAAGCAACGCCCAAUCUGGCCUGGUUGCAAAGAUAGUUCUCCCUGAUCCCAGAGUGGCUAAGGGUGGUCUAGACUUUAACAAAGGGUCUAUCGGAACCUCGAGCUUAUCAGUAGCAAACUCCAGCCGCCCUACUACUGAGUUGGUUAGACCAUGCAGAUUUACGGCCCCAGACCUUCAGCAAAAGCAGUCAAAGUUGAAACAGAAGCGUUCUUCAGGGUUGAAUGGAAGCCAGGGUCUAUCUAAUAAAUCUAAAUCUACUCUCAUAUCGCUCGGCUUGCGAAACCCGGAUGCGACCGUUAAGUCAACUCGGCGACACCGCCGUCCCUUCACUCCUGCUGAAGAUGAAGCGCUGCUCAAAGGUUAUGCUGUCCAUGGAUUUCAAUGGACCUUAAUCCGUCAAGAUAAGCAUUUGGAUUUGAUGCAUAGGAAGGCCACGGACUUACGGGACCGUUUUCGGACAAAAUUCCCUGAUGUCUAUCGCGAGGGUGGCUUUGCCACCGUGAAAAAAAUAGAAAGCAAUAUCAAGGGCGGCAAAACGGCAGCUACAGACGGGACGAAAUCGAGCCUUUCAUCUACGAACAAUGCUAAGUUUGCGAGCCAUAAUUCUCGAAAAGCGGACAUACCUACCUCUACCAGUGGUGCAACCGCAGUUCCUAUUGACCCAGCCAUGUCGCCUCCCGCACCACCAUCAAGUCUUCCCGAACCACCUAAUGUACCAGUCACUCCGUCAUUUUCAUUUCCAAUUGACGAGGACGUGCCGGAAGAAAACAGCUAUGCUAUUCGCUGGGCAGAAAACACUUUACCUCCAUUAGUAUGGGAUGAGCUAGGAUAA